AUGAGUGGGUUAUUGUCGCUACCUACGGAGCUUCUCCAAGAAAUAGGUGCUGAGGUUUCUUGGGUAGGCGGCCGACAAGACUCUCCGUUUAGUCCCCUAUGGCCCUCAUCACAUCAAAACGGAGUUACGUCUUUGGAAGAAGUCAAGAUUAGGUCGUUCCUGCUGCCCGCUAUUGGUUCCCUUGUUGGGGUUCGUCAAAUACUAUGGGAACUGGAUUCCGACCCAGAGUGGGCAACUCUUCUAGUCUUAGAUGCCCUUGCCUCACUCCCGGUUCUGGAGGACCUUCAUUUGCGUGUUCUGUGGCAUCUAAAUUUUCCUGUGCCAUUCCAGCGGCUGUCAAACCUGAAAAAACUCACCCUUAACUCCUGCUGCAAUAAUCGCACCUCAGUAAUCCGCACCGUCGCAGGACUUAUUGGACGGAAUCAGCCGGAGUUGACGAGUCUCAUAAUUGUUGAUACUAGUUAUGGCGGGCACGCGCUAACCCUCCAAGACUUUCUCGCGGAGACCAGUUCAGUUUGCUUGAAAAUCACACAUCUCCAUUUGAACGGCCUACUUGUGAAAUUCGAUGCUAGCGCACUACGCCAUUUGAGAUCGUUGAUCUCACUCACCAUUGCAGACAUGGGUCCCGAAUCUUUGGCACAAAAAAUUUGGUCAACUUUGCGAUCAGAGAAAAUUCAUUUACAAGAACUUGUCACGGACGACGUCCAGCCUGCCUUGGUUGAAUACUUAACAUCAUUUUCUGGUCUUCGGCGUCUCAGGCUUAUUUGGACAUCAUCGUAUCGCACACCUCUAUUGGUGUCCAAUCAGCUUGCGAUCCGCUUUUAUGAACAAGGUCUCGAUAAUCAUAUCUCUUUUCUGGAGUCUCUUCAAGUCCGUUCAAGUUAUGAAGGGAAGUGGUGUUUUGGAAACCAUUGUUCCAACGUUAUCAAAAGAGGCACACGCCUCACCCUUCUCAAACUAUCCAUAAACUCAGAGGAUAUUCCGAGAGGAGAAGAGGAGGUCCGUGAUUAUGCGGAGAGUCCAUCCCCUAUCAGAGAAAAUGCAAUCUGGUCGCUUUUGGACAUAUGCGCAACUCUACCUAUCUUGAAAAGUCUAACGAUGCGAAGCGUCCUUUCCGAACACAGUCGUGGGAACGGGGCUAAUAUGCAGGGUGCGAUGAGGGUAUGGAUCGCGCAGAAUUUGGAAAGUUAUGGGCCAAUCACCCCCAAUCACGUGUUCCAUGUUUCUACGCCUGGGAGUGGGACAGAAUAUGCGGUACGGCGUGACAAUUUGGUGUUUGCGUUUGUCUUUUUUUUCCUUCGCCGAUUUGGCUUGGAUUUGGCCACUCUCCAAAGUCGUGGUGGCUACGUGUCAAGAUGUUAUCUUCUGAUUCUCAUCGAUCAUGCACCUCCAGAGGCUCCGACAACCUCAUUUUCAACUACCACCUCGAACCUCCCAGACACGACGCUGGGUCGAUUUCGUUCAAGAAAGAUGUCGUCUUCCGCGUCCCUCCUCCAUCGAUUUUACACGAUGUUCAAGCGCCGAGGACCCGACCUAGCUAACCAUUCAAAUGAGUGGAAUAUACCACUUCCCCCAGAUCCAAUGUUUCACAUCAUUGACACCUACCUCGCCACAUCCACGAUCAAGCGCCGAGGACCCGACCUAGCUAACCAUUCAAAUGAGUGGAAUAUACCACUUCCCCCAGAUCUAAUGUAUCACAUCAUUGACACCUACCUCGCCACAUCCACGAUCAUGGCUUUGUGCGCUGCCUUCCCAGUUCUCUGGUCAUAUUGUCACCCCCACACAUACCAACACAUCACUGUCUACAUUUACGAAGGCCGAUUACCUGAAAAGCUUUUCAUUAGGAUUCAAUUAUCCCAAUGUCCUCCUGCCCUAGGCAACUCCAUAUCCCUUUCGAAUCUGGAUGACUUCGGCUAUGCUGGCGCAGAAAAAGCGCACGGCGUCCUUUCCCUGGUUAGCGAUCUAACGCAUGACCUAACAUCAAUCAGUCUGCACAUCGGAGUAAGAUGGGAUGAACUUGAUAAAUACGUGAAGCUCUACGUCUUCGCUCUUCUGCAACGCAGCGGCUUACGCUCAGUCACACUGAACAAGUGCGACAUACCCGUAAACCGAUUGAGGGUGCUAAAUAAUCUCCAGACACUCGACGUGGUGUUAGAACUCGAGAUUGAUGGCGAAGAUGGAUAUAUCGACCUCGACCUUGGCAUUCUUACCGACCUCCGUCAGAUCACAAUAUCCAUAAAACUUACCUAUUUCUUUGAACAGACAAUGUAUGAGAAUUCCGGAACCUACUUCUCAGUCAUGCCGUUCCGGUGGGUCCGCUACGUAUUGGCGUCCUGCAACAAGCGCAACACUGUGGAGAAGAUUGUGCUCAUAAUGAGUACGGUAGGCCAUCGAUUUGAAGAUUUGAGACAGUGUGACUGGCUCUCCGUGGAUAAAAUCUUCGAGAGAGAGGGGACAUGGAUGUCGCUGAAGGAGGUGCUGGUCGUGAAUUGUGACGUCAACAAGAAUUGCAACUAUCGCGAACUGCGACCCGAUCAGUUGGAGUAUAUUGAAGCUAUUCCGACGCCUUCUCUUCAGGCAAGGGGGGUAAUAAAGUGGUGUCGGGGAAGUCAGAAUACCCGGUUUUGGGCUGGUGGUUCUGCGUCUCGUUGGCUCUGCUAUUGUGGUGGUGGUGGUGGUGCUGUAGAAGGGGAGAUCGGGUUUAGCCGAGCUCGAACCUGCGAACUCGUUCUACAGUUCAGCUCAGUGAUGAUGAAUCUCAGCGAAGCGAACCACUCCACUGUCAUUCUGAUUGAAGUUAGGAAUUUUUUAAUGCACCUGCUGUGCGUACCUGAGGUCGACGGUAACUUCAACGUUCAACGUUCAACACCCAUCUACCUCGUCUCACUUCAACGUCCUGCUGCGGAGUACGAGCACCUGUUGGAUGACGAAAUUAAGUAUUUGCGUGGUGCGAAACAAGGAUGGAACCGAGUGAUCAGGUCGACUCGAUGA